AUGAAGUCUUGGAAGGAUAAAUCCGCGAAAGUGCAAGUUAAGGAGUCAGAACUGCCCUCCUCUAUACCAGCACAGACCGGCCUGACAUUCAACAUAUGGUACAGUAAAUGGUCUCAAGGGUUUGCGGGGAAUACACGGUUCGUUAGUCCCUUUAUUUUGCAGCCGCAACUUCAUUCUGGGAAGACUAGGGGUGACAAUGAUGGUCAGUUGUUCUUUUGUCUAUUUUUUGCCAAGGGUAUGUGUUGCCUUGGCCCGAAGUGUCAGUAUUUGCAUCACAUACCGGAUGAAGAUGAUAUAGGUAAACUGGCCCUGAGAACAGAAGUAUUGGACUGUUUUGGUAGAGAAAAGUUUGCUGAUUAUAGAGAGGAUAUGGGCGGGGUCGGUUCAUUUAGGAAAAAAAACAAGACACUAUAUGUCGGUGGUAUCGAUGGAGCAUUGAAUAGCAAGCGCUUGAAGCCGACUCAGAUAGAAGGUAGGAUUCGUUUUGUAUUUUCUCGAUUGGGUGACAUUGAUAGAAUACGGUACGUUGAGGACAAAAACUGUGGAUUUGUGAAAUUUAAAUAUCAAGCUAAUGCGGAAUUUGCUAAAGAAGCCAUGAGCAAUCAAACGUUGUUGCUACCCAGUGAUAAGGAAUGGGAUGAUAGGAAAGAAGGUACAGGACUACUGGUGAAAUGGGCAAAUGAAGAUCCUGACCCAGCUGCACAGAAGAGGCUGCAAGAAGAACAAAAGUUGGAGUCCCUAAACAUGAUGGUACGUCUAAUCAAUAAUAAUACCAAUAAUAGUGCUGGCACUGCGGUUAGUAAAAGGACUGAUAAAAUAUUAGACAAGAAAAUACUUCCAGAAGAUGGUAUUGAUAAUAUCAAGAAAAGGCUACUGCCGAUAGAUAAUGGAUUGAAGAGGGAUGAUUUUAUAGAAAAAUUGAAGAAAGUAAAAAAAAAUAUAAGUGUAGAAAAUCAUCCUCCAAAGGCAUCUGUCAGUAAGCUUGGUGGUCCUCUGUUAGAUUACGUUUCCUCAGAUGAGGACUAG